AUGCCUUCUCUCUCUGCCUCCAACGCCCAGGGACGGGCCGCAAGGUAUCCUUGCCACGCUUGCUCGCGAUCCUUCGAUCGUCGUGACGUCCUCCGGCGGCACAUGCUGAUCCAUGAACGAAACCGGCCACUGCCCAAAUCUAGGAAGAAAGCUUGCAUUCCAUGCUCAAGGUCCAAAAUUCGCUGUCUUGGAGAGCUGCCGACUUGUUCAGCCUGCGACAAGAGAUCAUUAGCUUGUCAAUAUGCAGUCCCCAGGCCAGAGAGUCAGCCCCGGGAUCGCAGAGAGUCCACAUCUCCAGCAUCAUCAACAUUGGAUCGUAGCAUGAACGCCGACACACCCGGCUGGAGUGCUUCCACUAUCCCGGCAAGUGUCGAGCAAAACUCAGGUAGCCUACACGAUCCUUCAUCGAAUUUGGCGACCUCGAUUGGUUCAGGCCAAUCGUGGAAUACGCAGUCGCACGCUCCAGGUGACUCGCAACCGUACCGAGUAGGCCUCACCUCAGCUAACCCAACUGUGGAAACCACCGACUUUCGUCCCUCUCCCUCCUCGAACUCGGAUAUGAUGGGUUUGCUUCACAACGACUUCAAUUCUAAUCUAGAUUGGCUGUUGGAUCCGCAGCCUGAUAUUUUGCCAUGGCUCGAUCAUGGUGACUACAGUAUGGGCGACUGCUUUUCCAACAUUUUUGGAGCCUCUUUCCCGACAUUUGAGUCGCAUCUGCAGAGAACAGGGCAGAGCGUUCCUGCAUCACCACCAAGUAACGCAAGUAUGCAAACCUCGAUGCCUCCGAUAUCUGGCCUGCCCACCCCGAACCCGCGCGAGGACUGCGGCCCUGAUGACCCAUGGCCCAUGGCAUGGCAUGCCAGUAAAAUUCACCGCCUGCGGCUCCCGCCUCUCGAGGCCCCAGUCGACUUUGUCCAUCGGCCAUACUUCUCGCCACAUACCUACAUAGACACCAACAUCCUAACCGAGAUGCAGCGACUAGUCAACAUGUGCUCUGUAGAUAUCCAGGACCUCGAGCUUCCAGCCGCCUCCAAGCUAAAUCAUUGUAUCGACCUAUAUUUCGUAAACUUUAGUCAGGUUAUGGCUCUUGUCCAUCGUCCGACAUUCGAUCCCAGGGCCAGUAUUGUUGUCACACUCGCUAUGGUGGCCAUUGGCGUACUCUAUUCCGAUUUCACAGCCGCCAAAAAAUACUCAUACAGCCUAUCCGAACUGAUCCGGAAAAUCCUAGUUCUUAUGGAAGAAUACGACAGGAGAUUCGUGCGCACCGAGGACCAUCUUACAGCACAGCUUUUGCAGGGUUUUCACGGUUACUGUAGUGGUAGUCAACGUCUCUUCGAACUGAGCGAGACGUCACGUGGCUCCUUGGUCACCAACGCAAGGCGCAUGGGCUUGUUUAACAAAGAGACAGCCGACAGUAUCAGUCCGCCAACCGAGAUUGGCCCGGCCUGGCUCGACUGGAUCCGUAAGGAGAGGCUAAGGCGUGUCGGAUGGGGUGUUUAUAUCUACGACGCCUCUGUUUCUUAUCUCCACAACGUGCGCCCGUACCUGACAAUUGGAGAAGUCGCCAUGACCCUUCCCUCUAUGGAUCUAGAGUGGGACGCUGAGAGCGCUCAGUCUUGGGUGGCUCUGCAUUCACGAUCUGGGGAGAGCUCGCACAAGCUCACCCUCCGCAGCCUGAUGCGCUCACUCUUUGAUGGUUCGCCACAGCCAAUGGACAGGUUCAAGAUAGGCUCGCACAGAGCUUUGAUCGUGUCGACCUUGGUGCGGAUGAUCUGGUCAAACAAAGAACUGAUUGGCAACCCGGUGCAUGACUUAAUAGGCGACACCGAAGACCAGGACCGUGUGGCCCCUUUAAUUCCCGCACUAGACAUGUUCUUGGAGUCGCCUCUAGCUGAUCGGGAUCUGAGGACCCAGAAGCAGGCGACUAACCUGGUACGGCGGUUAAGCCUGGUGCAUAUCGGGCACCUUUACGCCGCUGGAGAGCUGAUGAACUGGCUUUACCCCCUCCUGCGAUGUAGGGAUAUCGAUGGGACGCUGGAGCGCCGGAUGCGACAGUGGAAAACAGAAAAGCCCCGACAGGUCCGUGAUGCCACCUUCCACGCGGCACAGAUCAUCGGACUAGUACAUCAUUUUGCAGACAACGGCCCGUACCAGGUCUUUGCUGUGUUCCAUGCCGGUGUCAUAUUGUUUUACAUGGCCAUGCUCCUCUCCUAUCCAGAUGACACCCGUGUUGGGGCAACGCCCGAGGUGUCGUCACCAAUGGAGCAUCUCCAGCUAGACUUUCUAGGUCUCCCCAAGGAUGAUAUGGCAGUCCGGGCCGCGAGAUGGGUUGAAGAUGGCCGUCCUGUCAUGAUUGGACUCCACGGGGUUCCUGACCUUUGUUCAGAGCAGGGACGCCUGCAGGUGCUCGAGAAGACAGCCGAUAUGCUUAGCCAAAUGGAACUAGUCUGGGGCGUUGCUGGAAACCUGCGCAAAGUUAUUCUACGGCUAAGAGACCGGUUGUAG